ACCCUUUUUUUUUUUUAUCUGUUGGUAGCAUUUAAUUUUUCAUUGCAUUGUCUGCGGGUAGGUUUUCCACUUUCCUUUUCCAGCCAAAAGUGAUGUCAAUGCUUUAUAUGGCCUAACAUUAAAAAAGUCUACCUUUUGAUUGUUUAUGCAUUUGUAGAAUUCUCAGAAUCAUUGCGAGAAAUGGGUUCUUGUCUUCUCGAAAAAACAGCUUUGCUAUCUGACCCAGAAACUUGUGGGUGAAUUUCCUUGCAAUGGGUUUUUGAUUUAUUGCAAUGAGAAACCUUGAACCCUACAACAGUCAUUUGUUACAGGUGGGUGGGUCAAAUCUCAAGCUUUUAGAAUUUGUUACAGGUGGGUGGGUAAAAAAUUUCCUUGCCCAUUAUAUGGUGAUGUCGGUUUGGGUUGAUAUCAAUGGAAUAUGGGUGAGCUGUAAUGACGCUGCAUUUUUCUGCAGGUACUUUGUAAAAAGUCCUGGCUGCAUCAAAUCAUCAUGCGAGUUGGAAUACCAUGAAAAGAUCUUGGAAGACACACUGCAAGUUGUCUGUAUGCACAAGGCUAACAACCUCUGCAAUAAUUGAAAGAGUUCCAAGCAAAUGGCCACAUCUUGUAUGGCAUCCUCCAUGGAAGAACUGUAGGGUAAGAAGCUUGUACUUUAUGAUAGGGUGGAUGGUAAAAGAAUUGUUUGGGUAUUUUCUAAGUGUGAUAGCCAUAGCUAGUUGAAUGAUAAGUUUUGUUGAUCUUUUCUUUUUCUUCUUCUUUUUUAAAUGUCUUGGAGCUAAUAUAAGUAACAUAGAAUUUUCUUUAUUCACUUUGAUGAUUGGCAUAUACUUGUUAGCUUAAAAUUAGUUAUCAAAUUUUUUGCAUCUACAUCUUUUGCAUCCACCCAGCUGAUUACUGUCCAGCUUCAUUGUCAAUUAGUUAAAGUAAUGUUAGGUUUAGGCAUGCAUUACACGCAUCAGAACAUAGAUUUUUUUUUUUUUUUGGUUCAACCAUAUCAGAACACAGGUCUAUACCAACGGAAUUAGCCAUCAGUAAAUGUAUAGGUCUAUACAGACAGAAAAAUUCUUAAGAUUUCUUAGGGUCUAUACCAACGGACAAAUCUUCCAUCAGAAUAGAUCCAAGGGUCUAUACAGACGGAUUGGGCGUUGGUAUAGACCCUAUACUGACGAGGUUUCUACCCACGGAAAGCUCUUCCGUCGGAAUAGUCUUUGGGGUGUAUACAGACGGAAAAAGGGUGUAUACAGACGAAAAAUUUCCGUCACUAUAGAUUCAUCUGCUUGUAGUGAGGUCAUAAUACCUCAGCUUCUUGGUUUUCCAGAUCGUCACUCAUCAGUUUCCUGGUUCUAGGUCGUAAUACCUUAGCUUCCUGGUUUCCCAGGUCAUCACUCAUCAGUUUCCUGGUUCCAUGUCGUAAUACCUCAGUUUCCUGAUUCCAGGUUGUAAUACCUCAGCUUCCUGGUUUCCAGGUCGUCACUCAUUAAUUUCCUGGUUCCAGGUCGUUAUACCUCAGCUUCCUGGUUUUCAGGUCGUCACUCCUUAACUUCCUAGUUCCUGGUCGUCACUCUCAACUUCAUGGUUCCAGGUCUUCAUUCCUCAGCUUCUUGGUUCCUGGUCGUCAUUCCUCAGCUUCUUGGUUUUUUAGGUCGUCACUCUAAGCUUCCUUGUGCCGGGUCGUCGCUCUCAGCUUCUUGGUUUCAGGUUGUCACUCUCAGCUUUCUCAAUUUCCCGGUUCCAAGUUGUCACUCUUAGCUUCCUAGUUCCAGGUCGUCGCUCUCAACUUCUUAGUUCCAGGUUGUCACUAUCAGCUUUCUCAGUUUCCUAGUUCCUAGUCGUCACUCUAAACUUCCUGGUUUCAGGUCGUCAUUCCUUAGCUUCCUGGUUUUUUAGGCUGUCACUCUCAGCUUCCUGGUUCCAGGUCGUCGCUCUUAGCUUCCUGGUUCCAGGUUUUCACUCUCAACUUUCUCAGUUUCCCAAUUCCAGGUUGUCAAUCUGAGCUCCCUGGUUUCAGGUCGUCACUCUCAGCUUAUAGGUUGGAAAUCUCAAAUCAAGGUUUCCAAGCCAGAUUCCUCAAGAAUAAAUCAAACCCCUCUACAACCUAUAAAAGCAAAAAGCUAAACCCUUGUGAUUUUUCAGCAAGUUUACAAAUCACUGGAGGGGGAGUAAUGUUGGGAUAGUAAUCUAACUAGCCCAUAAAUGAAAUAAAGGCCCAUAAAGCCCAAAUAUAAAUGAGUACAUCCAUGAGUCACAAUGGAGCUCAUAUACAUUGAAAUGGAUUCAAAUGGACCAAUAGAAGUGCAACAUGUAUAAAACACUUCCAAGGGAUCUAUAAAUACUCCCACACCCCUCAAAGGUAAGGAACUUUUUUGAGAGCUCUUCCCUCUCUAUUAUAUUUCUCUUUCUAAAGAGAGCCCCAAGUAUAGAAUAUUGCUAACUUGGGCGUUGGAGUGUCUAUCCCGAAGGAAAACCCUCGGGUCUGUUUUGCAGGUCCCUAUGCUGGUCAACUUGUGUCAACUAGAUCUUGUGAAGCUACCCAAACAAAGGGUUAAAAGGCUUCGUGUGCUACUUCCGCAAUAAGAAUUUGGAAGUUGUUUUCCGGAAAACCAUACCGUGUGAUUUUCCGUUGACUAAAAUGCUUUUCCGUUA